AAAGAUCACAAAUUAUACUCGCUUAAUCUUUGCAGAAUUCAAACUAUCUACAAUAGGCACAACCGGAAUCACUCAGCAUGGAGGGAAUGCAAGUGCAAAUCAACAGCAUAAAUAUACCAGUAAACCCACCGCUCACUCAAGUUCACUCAAAGAGGCUAGAAAUAAAACUUCCCACUCUAUAGCAACAAUAAGAACAGCUCAAUCUACAAAGACAUCUACAGUAAAUUUAAAUUCCACAACAUUGAAACAUUUUUCAAUGUAUAAAAAUCAACCUUAUACUUCAGUUCUACCUGAUGGUUCUUCCAAUGUUAGACUACAUACAACUAAAGGAUACAAUGCAACAACCAGGUCCAUGGCAGCAAUUAACAGUUCGCGUGAUGGUUCUUCAGCGACUCGAAAUAUAUCGUCGUUGAACAAUACACAGUCAAGUACAAUCGAGAAGACAAAUGAUGGUGCAAAAGUCAAUGUCGGUGUCGUAAUAGGAUCGGUAUGUGGAUCUCUGGUUGCUGUAGCAAUUUUAGCAGCUAUCAUUCUAUUGUUACAAAGAAAAAAGCGGGGAUUUACUGUGGAACCAGACAAUUCAUCAGCAAAAUAAACUGUUUAUGGAUAAUGAGCAGUCUAAAUUAAGCCAGUGUUACAGAACUGAGAAGCACAUUCUAAUCGCCAUAUUCACAAAAUUGCAAUUCUGUUCAAUUAACUUAUAUGUAUGCUGUUACCUUUUACAUAUAUAAAGCAUAUUAACAUCAUAUUGACAAUUGUGUGUUUGUUAAGCUUGUAGCAUUUAUCAUAUACU